GGAGAUCUUUGUGAGUUCAAGGCCAGCCUGGUGUACACAGCAGUUCUAGAAAAGCCAAGGUUAUUUAUGCAGAGAAACUUGCCUUGAACAAAGAAUAUGUAGUAUGUGCAUACUUCUCCAGAAUAUAUUUUUUUCUCCUACAGUGUUACUAAAAGACUUUUUGACUUUGAAAAAAAAAUUAUUCCUUCAUGAAAAACUAAGGGCUACCUUUUCUGAGUUUGAAGAAUGAAAAACAAACUAGUCUGAAAUAUUCUAAAUAUUUUAGAGAGACAGGUUAAUGAUUUGGCAAUUAGUAAAGAAAUGGCAGAGAUGUAAGGGAUGUGAACGCUCCGUGAUUCUUGUCUGUUUUUUAAAAGUUGAUCCAAAUUGGUGGAGAAAAGUUGUUUUCAAGUUUCUAUUGAGUCAGUCUCCUGGUGAGGGCUUAGAGUUUAAAAAAGCAAAACCUAACUAACAACAGCGUCAACAGAAACAAAUCUUCCCUCUGGAUUCUCAUGUUCAUGCUGGGCUGCAGGAGCCAUAAGGGUUCUUUUGAUGCACAUUUCUUUCUAUGAUGAGCAGGUGUUUGCGAGUAAACCCGAAAGGGCUAGAUGAAGAAAGCAAAGAUUACCUGUCGCUUUACCUGUUGUUGGUCAGCUGUCCAAAGAGUGAAGUUCGGGCAAAGUUCAAGUUCUCCAUCCUGAAUGCCAAGGGAGAAGAAACCAAAGCUAUGGAGAGUCAGCGAGCUUAUAGGUUUGUGCAAGGCAAAGACUGGGGAUUCAAAAAAUUCAUCCGCAGAGAUUUUCUCUUAGACGAGGCCAAUGGGCUUCUCCCUGAUGACAAGCUCACCCUCUUCUGUGAGGUGAGUGUAGUACAAGACUCUGUCAAUAUUUCUGGGCAGAAUACUAUGAACAUGGUAAAGGUUCCUGAAUGCCGGUUGGCAGAUGAGUUAGGAGGGCUGUGGGAGAACUCUCGAUUCACCGACUGCUGCUUGUGUGUGGCUGGUCAAGAAUUCCAGGCUCACAAGGCUAUCUUAGCAGCUCGGUCUCCAGUCUUCAGUGCCAUGUUUGAACAUGAAAUGGAGGAGAGCAAAAAGAAUCGGGUUGAGAUUAACGACGUGGAGCCUGAGGUGUUUAAGGAGAUGAUGUGCUUCAUCUACACAGGGAAGGCACCGAACCUCGACAAAAUGGCUGAUGACUUGCUGGCAGCUGCUGAUAAGUACGCCCUGGAGCGUCUGAAGGUCAUGUGUGAGGACGCCCUCUGCAGUAACCUCUCUGUGGAGAACGCUGCAGAGAUUCUCAUCCUGGCUGACCUCCACAGUGCAGAUCAGCUGAAGACACAGGCAGUGGAUUUCAUCAACUAUCAUGCUUCGGAUGUCUUGGAGACCUCUGGGUGGAAGUCAAUGGUGGUGUCACACCCCCACUUAGUGGCAGAAGCAUACCGUUCUCUGGCUUCAGCACAGUGCCCUUUCCUGGGGCCCCCACGCAAACGCCUGAAGCAAUCCUAAGAUGCUGCCAGUCGGGAGACUCCAUUUAUUUUCCAGAAGCAGCAGCCACCGUUGCUGCCACUGACUACCAGGUAGACAGCGCAAUCUGUGGAGCUUUUACUCUGUGUCAGGGGAAAGACUGCACCAUGACCCAGACUUUAAAACAGCACUAAAUAACUUAGGGGGACUGGGGGAGGGAAGGGCCCAAGGACUCGGGCCACUCAACCUAAUGAAACCCUGUUGGCUCUGUCACCGUGUGCCCUUUGGCCUGACCAAGUUUGACACUGGGAUUCAGUUUAGGCACUGGCCCCAAGCACAUCCCAGCAGUGGUACUUCGGAGAAAUGGGCGUCUGACUGAGCAGAACAAAUCGUCAGUGCCUGGAGCAAAACGGAAAAAAAGCAGAAACAAGCAGACAUUUAGUCUUCAGAGGUGGAAAAGGAAAGAAGAAAGAUUUUUUUUUCCAAAAAUCAGUUUGUGGAUUCCAGUAGUAUUUAUGUUGAAAGAAGCAAAUUUUAGUCCUUCCAACUGUGGAUAUUUGUGAAAACUCCUCACUACCAUCCAAGUAUCAGAAGAGCUCUCUCGUUAGCACUUACUGUUUGCAAGAACAAGCCCAUCCUUUUAUCCUCUUAUGACAAGUGAUGCGUGAUGGCGGGGGAAGUCAUCUGAUCUGGAAAAUGAGUGUUUGGCGGUAGUGGCUUCUGCAAAAAUUCUUAUUGGUGUUAAAAACUGGAAAAAAAUAAUUCAUCCAGAAUUCAUACUGUCUUGAUAAAAACUAUGGUUCUUUUUUUUAGAUAUUGUGAAAAAUGGAUUUUGGGGGGGCAUUUUUCUCUGAUUUUAUUUUUUUCUUCCCUUCCCCUUCCCUUUUUCUAAGAGAGAGAGAGAGAGAGAGAAAGAGAGGGAGGGAGAGGGAGAGGGGAGAGAGAAAGAGAGAGAGAAAGAGAAAGAAAGAGAGAGAGAAAGAGAGAGAGAGAAAAGAGGAGAGGAGAAACAAAUCCAGAAAAUACAUAAAACAAAAAGAAGAGAAAGGAAAUUUUAUUAUUAUUGCUAUGUGAAAAAAAAUCCCAGUCCAGGUGGCCCGGCUGUUUGCACCUGCCUUGUUGCCUGCAUAGGAGCCGGUCCUGUCCCUUCUGAUUAGCCCCUCUUCCAAAGGGGAGACUUCCAAAUGUUAACUUUUUUCUUUUUGAAAAUAUAAAUAAUUACUAUUUUGUA